AUGGUCAAUACGGCAUCGAGUCGCGGCUCAUUAUUGUCAGCUGGACACGCGCCCAACGACGUUCUUCAAGUUGAAGCUGCGAUUCACUGUACACGAGCCAAGUGGACGCCCCGGAAGGUCACGCGGGCCAAGUCGAGCGCCUCCCCAUUUUGCAACUCGCAACGAACGAUCACAAGUAUCCGAAAGUCAGCUGUGGAUAUGGCGACGACAAACCUCGUCAGCAAAAGCUGCUACAACGUUUUGCUGGACUCGAUCCCGCGCCUGCGCUGGAGUCCCCAAAGCAACCGCUUUCGCUACAAUGUGCCUGUGGCAGUUGAGCCGGGGGCCAACGGCUUUGUGCUGCUGCAGGCACUCGAGCACUCGGACUCGCUGUGCUCACAGAGACUGUCGGGCAAAGAGCGGCACGAGUUGGAGGAAAUGGAGCGCGUCAAUCGUCUCAUCCACGACGUCGAGAACGCGGUGCAUCUGCAUGAGGCAGUGAAGAUGCUGGAGCUCAAGCGCAUGCACCACGAAGAGUUCCACGAGCGUCCGGAGACUGACGACGACAUGCGCACGCAGGCGCUCAAGAAGAAGGACAUGUUGUGGCAGCACCACCCGCACAAGCGCUCGUUCGAAGGACGACGACAGAAACGCGCGCACGUGGGGCGCGUGCACCAACCCAGGUGA